GGGCGGCGGCGUUUGAAAGCGGCGGUUGGGGGCGGGGCCCACCUGCAACUGCCGGGCGCGCGAGGGCUGCCGGGAAGGGGGUGGACCCGCAGGCCAGCAUGGCGCACAAGCAGAUCUACUACUCGGAUAAGUACGACGACGAGGAGUUCGAGUACCGGCACGUGAUGCUGCCCAAGGACAUCGCGAAGCUGGUGCCCCGGACGCACCUGAUGUCGGAGUCAGAGUGGCGCAACCUGGGUGUGCAGCAGAGCCAGGGCUGGGUGCACUACAUGAUCCACGAGCCUGAGCCGCACAUCCUGCUGUUCCGCCGCCCGCUGCCGAAGAAGCCGGAGAAGUGAUGCCGCUGCCUCUCCCUUCGCCGCGGCUCUCGCUGGAAAGCACCUUCCCUGCUCCUCUUCCCUGUCCUCAGUGUUUGGAGACAUUGCUCAGAAACGCUCUCUGAGGCUGGUGUCCUCAGCCGAGGAAGUGCCAGCCUGACUGGCCUGAUCAGCAGGGCUGGCGGAGGAGGACUUGGCUCCGUAACACCUACGAUUCCUGCCUGCCGAGGGGUGCAACUGUAGAAGACACCUGGUGAUGGUGGGGGGGCACAGCUCUGCGCUGCUACCCCGGGCUCUGACUCGGGCUGGGGGUGCACCGUGCCUGCUAUCAGCACAGACAUGGCACUGCCACCCCUACCCCUGCCACCCUGGACCCUAUCUUCAGCCAGGAGUGCAACCACGUGCCUACCAUCAGUGCAGAGAGCUGGGGGGGGCCUAUGGCCUCCUGCCCCCUGCGGGCGUAGUGCUACCUCCAGCCAGGCUGGGAGCUGAACAGGACAAGCAGCCCAGUGCAGUGUCGCUGCCUGCCCCGUGGUGCCAGUGCGGGAUCUGUGAUCACCCCAGCCGGAGCCCAUCUCCAAUAAAGCGGGUUGGAUGU